AUGCACCGACCAAACAUCCACCCCCACACCAACGCGGAGACCAAGACAAGCGCCAACACAACAACCAAAACGACGACAACGACGAGGACAACGAAGACAACCCCCACAGCCCGCGAAGGAAAAGCGAAGACCACCAAGAAAACACAAAACAAGACAAAGAAGAACAAGAACAAGGAAAAGAAGAACAACGACAAAAACCGAACCACCACCAAAGACAACAAAACCAAAAAAGAAAACCCACGGAACGACGACGCACGCAAAGAAGGGAACAGGAACAACAAACACGAAGACCACAAAAAACAAGUAACGGCAACAAUAGCGACGGGAUACCACCCAGUGGCACGGGAAGCAGCAAGGCAACCAGGGCGGGAAAAGGAAGGGUGCGCCAAGCCAGACGACGACAAGACAAAGACCGAAACCAAGGACAAGCGCCAAGAAACCGUCAGCCCCCCCCCAAACGCCACGCGCGCUCGCAAUCUCGGACACCCGCGGAACGGAACCCACCAACAAAAGCGGACGCAACGGCAUCGCAUGCAAGGGUGCAUGCAAAGGGGGCGCACCGCCCACCAGCCGCGGCCCACGUCGUUACCAUGGCCGCAGCCAGACUUUCAGCCCCACCAGGACAAGCCCCGGUUGAAGGAUAAAACCAACAAGCGCAACCAACACAACAACAAGCAAGGCGCGGACCCCAAGAAGGAACGGAACAACCACUACCAACCGCCCACCCACCACCACCGCCGCAACACCACAGGCAACACGGACCACCAACGCGCGAACCUCCCCAUGCACGACCGAACCACCAACCACAAGACCAAGCCAGUCAAAAAGCACCACGACGAACAACUCAUCUACCGCCCCACCCCCAGCAUCAACGCCACCCACAACCACAACAACGCCAUCGCAAACAUCCAAGCCCACGACAUCAACCGCAACAAGCACACGAAACCCCCCCAGAAACGCAACAACCCCGCCCGCAAGAACCAAGUGCACCCCCGAACGACGGACCGCGACGCCAUGGAACAACACACCCACCACCUCAACGCCCCCAACACCCGACACCUCGAAAAAGCCCAAUAUGACCGCACCAACAGCGCCUCACAAACACCCAAACCAAUACAAUCACAAAGAGUACCCGAACACUCGGCCACGCGGGCGCCACUCGGGAGCCACUACAUUCACAUAAUGGGAGCCCGUUGGACCCAAAAAGGAACCACGGCUCCGCCACAUACAAAAGCUCAAGCACGGCGUAGACAGCAGACAAUACGCGACCACACCCAACACGACAGCCAACAAAACCACCCGCCCGACACGCAACCACACCGCAAACGAAGCCAACACCCAGGAAACCGUCGGCGCAGACCCAGAACAGGCAACAGCGAGUGGGGCCACACGCCAGUCAGAAACCAAGCACUCAACAUUACGCCGCAACACGACCAAAAAGAUCACGAACCCCCCAAACGCCAAGACCCGCAGCACAGCACCCGGAUCCACAACCACCGAAAAAUCAAACCGAAAGGGCACGCUGAAAUCGCACGCCUCAAACGCGACCAAGCACGACCGCCCCGCCAAAACCCGCGGCCCCCCAACGCCCAGCCACACGGCAAAGUGGACAACAAGAUGCGCCUGGGCAAAGACGCGCCGCACCAAAAGAUUGUCGAGCCUCUGGUCAAGCCGCAGUGGUUUGUCAACUGCGAGCAGAUGGCGCAGGACGCGAUGGCCGCCGUGCGCUCGAAAGAGCUGACGAUCUUGCCGGAACACCAUGAAAAGACGUGGUUUCGGUGGCUAGAAAACAUCCGCGACUGGUGCAUCUCGCGCCAACUGUGGUGGGGCCACCGCAUCCCCGCGUACUUCGCCACGAUUGUCGGCGAGCCAUUCGUGGACCCGAACGCCGAGACGACCAACGACCGGUGGUUUGCCGGACUCACGGAGCACGACGCCCGGCUCAAGGCCGCCGCCAAGCUCCACGUGGACCCGUCUCAGAUUGAGCUCAAGCAAGAUGAAGACGUGCUCGACACGUGGGUCAGCGCUGGGCUGUUUCCUUUCGCCGUGUUUGGCUGGCCCGACAACCAAGAAGUCGACGACUUCUACCCGACCGAUCUGCUCGAAACCGGCUACGAUAUCUUGUUCUUCUGGGUCGUGCGCAUGGUAUUCAUGGGCCAAAAACUCACGGGCAAACUGCCGUUUCAUACCGUGUACCUGCACUCGAUUGUGCGCGACAAGUAUGGCCGCAAGAUGUCCAAAUCCCUCGGCAACGUGGUGGACCCGCUCGAAGUGAUCGCCGGCUGCACCCUAGACACGCUACUCGCCAAACUCGACAGCGGCAACCUCCCCGAGAAGGAGGUGGAGAAGGCCAAGAAGGGCCAGACCGCCGACUUUCCUAACGGCAUCCCAGAGUGCGGCGCCGACGCGCUCCGCUUUGGAUUGCUCGCGUACCAGCAGCAGGUGGGCGACAUCAACCUCGACAUCCAGCGCCUCGUGGGGUACCGCAACUUUUGCAACAAGCUGUGGAACGCGACCCGCUUCGCCAUGUCCCACCUCGACGCGGACGAUGGUGACGCGGGUCAGCGGUUCCAUGACGGCGUCGCCGCCUCGGUCCUCUCCAACCCCGUCGUCCACGCGCGCGACCGCUUCAUCCUGAGCCGGCUGCACGCGACCAUCGCCGCCGCCAACACGGCGCUCGCCGCCUACUCGUUUGGCGAAGUGACCACGGCGCUCUACAACUUUUGGCUCUAUGACGUGUGCGACGUCUACUUGGAACUGGUCAAGCCCGUGAUGGCGGGUACGGACGCCGAAGCGAAAAAGACGGCGCAGCAGACGCUCUACUUGUGCUUGGAGUUUGGUCUGCGCCUCCUCCACCCGAUCAUGCCGUUCGUGACGGAAGAGCUGUGGCAACGCCUGCCGGGCCACCGGUCGGAAGCGAGCAUCGUGAUCGCCGCGUACCCCGAAGCCCACCACCACACGGCGUGGGCCAACCCCGAUGCCGAAGCCGGCAUGGACCUGGUCAAGGACAUCAUCCACGCGGGUCGUUCCCUGCGCGCCGAGUACGGGCUCGCCAACAGCGCCCGUCCCGCAUGCUUCCUCGCGACCGACGACCCCGUCCUCCAAGCAACGAUCGAAGCGCAAGUGGACGACUUUUGCACCUUGUCCAAGGCCGGCGAGACCAAAGUCCUCCUCGGCACGGCACCCCCCGCCGGAUGUGCCAUCCACGUGCUCAGCGACAAGCUCCAGCUGCACGUGCUGCUGAGUGGUCUCGUGGACUUUGCAAACGAAAUCACCAAGCUGGACAAGAAGCUGCAGAAACUGCUGCCGUCGUUGGUCGCCCUCAAGAAGAAGCGCAGCAAGGACGACUACACGACCAAAGUGCCCGCAGCCGUGCGCGACGCCGACGACGCCAAGUGGGACGCCCUGAACAAGGAGAAGCACGCCAUCACCACCGCCAUCGACGCAUUCACCAAGUGCCAACACGCUGAAACCAAGCCAUAA